AUGGAGGUAUUUUCAACACAACAAUGUGACAAUUGUUUGGAUUCAAUUUGUAUUGACUGUUCUUACAAUUCAAAAAAAUGUUUAAGAUGUCAACAGGAAUAUUAUAUUACCAAUGACAGUAAAUGCGUUGAAAUACCGAACUGUUUGUUGAAACGAUCAAAUCGAUGUCUAAAAUGUUCAAAUGGGUAUUUACUUUCUGAGAAUCACUGUCAAAAUACAUCAUCUUGUCUGAUUCAAACUUUAAAUGGUACAUGUCAAAUUUGUGGUAUAGACAAAUUAUAUAUAAUUGACAAUGGUAGUUGUAAAAUUCCUGAUACCAAUUCCAUAAUAGUUAAUCAAAAUAAUAUAAUUGCUUGUAAAAGUGCGUAUAUAACAAAUUCCAACAUUUGUCAAAAGUGCUCUGAUCUCUACAAAUCAAGUGAAGUGUGUGAAAAUGGUCGUCCCACAAAAUGUGAAAUUGAAUUUGAAAUGAAUAAAUCUGGACAAUGUGAACACAAUAACUGUUCUGAUCCAAAUGAUGAAAACGGAAGAUGUACUUCAUUUAUCAACAAGUGCACUUUCAUUACAAAUUCAAAGUGUUUGGAGUGUUAUAAUAAUUUGAUUUUAAACAAUGCAGAAUGUCAUACAAAUGACGAUUCACAAUGCACAAAUCAGAGUUUGGUUUCUUGUUUGCGAUGUAACGACUCUUAUUGUUUUAAUUCAUCAUCCAACAGAUGUGAAAGAUGCGAUUCAAAUUGUUUGACUUGUGUCAUAAAUCCGACUUAUUGUCUUUCAUGUCCAUUGGGAUUUUACAUUUCAAAUAAUAUUUGCAAAACAAAUUCUGAAUUGGUGGGAAUUUGCACACAAUUUAUAUCAUCUGGUGGAUGUGCCAAAUGCGCUGAAGGUUAUUACAGAAACGGGUUGGACUGUUAUAAAUGUGAUCUUUCAUGUUCAUUGUGCAAUACAAAUUCGACAUGUUUGACUUGUAAUUCAACAAAUUACAAAACAUGGAGUGGAGACUGUAAACCACAAAAUAGUUUAAUAGGAUGUGAUGUGAAUGUCACACAAUAUGGAUGCACGCGAUGUAAAGAAGGGUAUUUUCAAGUGAAUAUAAAUGAAUGCAAAAAUUGUAAUACAACAUGUCUAACAUGUUCGUCUCAAAGAAGUUGCGAAUCGUGUUUAUCAUCGAAGGUCUUAUUUUCAAGUGGAAUAUGUGUGACACUUUCUCAAAUAACAAAGUGUAAAGAAAUAAAAAAUUCAAAAUGCAACAAAUGUUCAUUCUGGUAUGCACCAAGUUUAGAUGGGACUUAUUGUGAAAAGAAAAUAGUAUUGUGGGUUGUACUUGUUAUAGUUCUAUUUAUUAUUUUUGUAUUAUCAAUUCUUGUUAUAGCAUUAAUAUUUUCCAUGAAGAGAAUUUUAAAAAUGAUUCACACAAAGGAGUUAAAAAGAACAACAACUAUAUUCGAAAUGGAGAAAUCAAAUGUAAAAUUCAUUUCACUUGCAAACAACAUUUGCGUUUCUUCAAAAGAACUCAAUUUCAAUUCUGAAGUAGAAGAAAUUCCUGUCAACACAGAAACAAAAAUUGUGUUUUGUGUGGGCAAUAUGUCCAAAGGCGUCUUGAAAAUUCAAUUCACAACUACAACACAAAUUGACAAAUUUACGAUAAGAGUAACACCAGAAGUCAUCAUGUUAAAAAAGAAAUUUGCAUGUGAAUUUUCGAUAUAUUCGAAACCCAAAUGCACGUGUCAGAUAAAUAACACCAUUUGCAUAGUCUCAAAAAAUCUCAAAACAAACGUCGAAAAUAUUAACGAAAUUGUAAUGAAAGGAAUUACUAGUCAUUCUACAAGAAUAGAUUAUGACGAGUUGCUUGAAGAAUCAAAAUUGGGUGAAGGAUCUUUUGGUGUUGUUUACAAAGGAAAAUACAGAGGAAACGAUGUUGCUAUUAAAAAAAUGAAACAAAAAGAAGAUGGCAAAACUGAUAGUGGAGACAAAUCAGAUGAUGAGUUUGAAAAAGAAGUUGCAAUGCUUGAUAAAUUCAGGUGUGAUUAUAUAAUCCAUUUUUAUGGUGCCGUGUUUAUACCAAAUAAAAUGUGUAUGGUAACCGAAUUUGCAUUGUUUGGUUCAUUACAAGAUUUAAUGAAACAUAAAAAUAGAGAAAAAAUUGAAAUGAAACUUCGAAUAAAAUUGAUGUUAGAUACAUUAAAUGGUAUAAUUUAUUUACACACAAAUGGGAUAUUACACAGAGACAUCAAACCAGACAACAUACUUGUUAUUUCAAUUGAUUUUGACAACAAUGUAAAUGCCAAACUGACUGAUUUUGGAAGUGCAAGAAAUGUUAACUUGCUAAUGACUAACAUGACAUUCACAAAGGGAAUUGGUACACCAGUCUACAUGGCGCCCGAAAUGUUAAAACGAGAAAAUUACAAGAAACCUGCUGAUAUAUACUCUUUAGCUAUAACCAUGUUCGAGUGUUUUUCAUGGAGUUAUGCAUAUUCUAAAGAUAAAUUUAAAUUUCCUUGGUCAACUGCAGAGUUUGUUAUAAAAGGGUCACGAUUACCAAAGCCAGAUGAUAUGAAUCAAAAUAUAAACGAUAUUAUCUGUGGUUGUUGGAAAAAUGAACCUUCAAAAAGAAGUUCUUUGGAAAACGUCAAAUAUGAGCUUGAAACGAUAUUUAAUCACAUUUAA